AUGCAUAAGGAUCUGGUUGGAUCUGCUAGGAUGAAAGAUGCAAUGGAUGUAGAAAACGAUAGACUGAGCAGCUUGCCAGAUGAUCUUAUCCAUAAAAUCAUUUCUUUUAUGAGCAUCAGAGAUGCAAUAGCAACCAGUGUUUUGUCAUCUAAAUGGAGGUCUAUCUGGACUUCAAUGCCCUAUCUGACUUUCGAAAAUCUCAAUAAUGGGCCCAGCAUCUCCAAAUUUAUAUCUAAUGUUUUGUCUCACUGUGAUAAUGGAACACAAGUUUCUUCGGUCAGUCUUGUUCUUGGUAGAACAGUUAUAGACGAUGAAUCUAUCACAAUAAUUCUCAAAUGCGCUUUUUCUCACUAUGUCCAACAACUCAGUGUUACACGCGCGCCUGAGAAAAUUGGUGAACGCCCCUUCGAUUACCGAUUAUCAUCUAUUGCCACACCAGCAUGGGACCUCCCAGCUUUAACGACAUUGCAUCUUCAUCAUAUCCAAUUGUCUGAUGAUAAUGAUUUUUUCUCCAAGUUCACCAAUUUGAAGAACCUCUCCUUAAGACUAUGUACAUUAAUGAAGGGAGCAAAAGAGUAUGUGAAUGGGGUUGCACCUCAACUCAAGACCCUCACUAUUAAAUGGUGCACUGGGAAGCUUCUGAUUUCUACACCUGGGCUUGCCUCCUUGGUCAUAGAAGAUGCUCAUGAAAUAGUUCGUCUGCUUCAACACCUCCGCACUGCCAAGCUUCUUAUACUUAGCUUGGGGAUUCUACAGCAUCUUUUUCAAGAAAGGGAGCACCUUUCUUCAUCCAUGGAACUAAUCCCACAUCAAACUUGUGCCAUCUUCCCAAUGGUCUCACAUAAGGAGAUUAAAGCUAUGGGGUAUAUGAAAUCAGCACUAGUAUUUGUGAUACACUUGGGACAGUGGCUAAAGCAGUGUAAAGCAAAUACAAAUAACAAGGCUCAAAUGGAUGAAAAUGGCAAACCACAAGUUAAGAAGCACUGUGCGAGGGAAUUGCAAUUGAACCUUGGGGAAAUGAUGGCAUUAAUUAAGCAAAGCAAAUCUGUAGCAUUUGAGACUUGUCUCAUGAUGGCAAAGUUUAAGUCAUGCAGUAGUGAAAUAUUACAGAUUAUUGAAUGGUUGCGGGAAAUGCGUUCAUUGUUUCAGUGCAUCGAAGGAUUGAUGACUCAGCUGUCUGCAUCAAAGAAGGAUGUGAUGCAACCAAUUUUUUCUAGAUUGUGUGAAGAUGCUACCAUUCUCACUAAUAAUAUAUUGGGAUGGAUGAAGACCAGACAGGAAACUCAAGAGACUAAUGCGCUUAUUAUUUAGUAUUUAGUAUUCGCACAGUGCCGGUAUACAUGAUGUUUUAAAAGAAAACUUAGAGAAUAUUACAAAAAUGGUCCCUAUGGUAUGGUAUAAUAGGCACCUAUAAUCCAAAUUCAAUAAAAUGGACAAACUUGGUCCUUGUGUUUAGUUGUUACUUGUUAUUGAUGAUCUCUAAGUUGUUGAGGUGGGUUUAGUGUUGAGUAGGUUGAUUUGUAGAGAACAUAUUCAAAUAGAUCGUUG